AUGUCGUCUUUGUGGCAGGAAGCCCGCGCUCCGGACGGGAGAACCUAUUACUACAACAGCCAGACAAAGGCGACACAAUGGCAGAAGCCGUUGGAUAUGAUGGCCCCUUUGGAGCGGGCGAUUGCUGGGCAACCUUGGCGGGAGUAUACCACGCCGGAGGGAAAGAAAUACUGGUCCCAUAUCGAAACUAAACAGAGUGUCUGGGAUAUACCAGAAUCAUUCAAAGCAGCCGUCGAUUCUGCCCAGAAAAUCCCUUCUCUUCCACAAGCACCACAGUUUGUAGCGGGAGGUACCCAGAACUUUAACAAUUCAAACUACCAAUCAGGCCCACAUAGGGAUCGCGAUCGAGGAGACCGGGACCGAGGAGACCGAGACCGAGACCGAGAUGACCAUACGCCAAUCGAGCGAUCGUCCGCUGCGAAUGACAGUAUCAAUGCUGCUCGUGCAUUGCCCGUCCCUGACAAGAAUGAAUCUCAAUAUCAAAACUAUGCAGAUGCUGAAGCGGCCUUCUUCAAAUUGCUGAAGAAAAACAAUAUUGGCCCCGAUUCUACGUGGGACCAAGCCCUGAAGCUGGUUAUAAAAGAGGCACCAUAUCGGGCUAUCAGAGACCCUCGGGACCGUAAAGCUGCCUUCGAGAAGUAUACUGCCGAGCUUCGUAUGCAAGACCUUGAGAAACAAAAGGACCGAAUGACCAAACUGCGCCAAGAUUUUACAACUAUGUUGAAGAGUCACCCCGAAAUCAAGUACUACACUCGAUGGAGAACUGCUCGCAAGUAUAUCGAGGGUGAGACUAUCUUCCGCUCAGCCGCUGACGAUAACGAACGCCGCUCUUUGUUUGAGGAAUACAUCCUCGAAUUACGAAAGGAGGAGCAAGAACGAGAAGCAACUGAGAGAAGACAAGCUCUCGAAGAUCUGACGGCUCUCUUAAAGUCCCUGAAUCUUGAGCCGUAUACUCGCUGGUCAGAAGCCCAAAACCUCAUUAGGGAAAGUGAUAGCUUCAAGUCUGAACCGAAAUACCAGGCGCUUUCUAAGCUGGAUAUCUUGAACAUGUUUGAGAGCCAUAUCAAAUUCCUCGAGCGUAGUUUGAAUGAUAAUCGACAAAAGCAAAAACAGAACAAACAAAGGAAAGAACGUAAGAACCGUGAGGCCUUCGUUACCCUACUCGACGAGCUCCUAGCAAAAGGCAAAAUCCGAUCUGGUUGCAAAUGGAAAGAGAUUCACCCAUUGAUCAAAGAUGAUGAACGGUAUGAUAAUAUGCUUGGCCAAUCCGGUUCUACCCCCCUUGAUCUGUUUUGGGACAAGGUCGAAGAAAUCGAGAGAGAGGUUCGGAGCAAGAAAAAUAUCGUCAUGGACAUCCUAGAGGAGAAAAGGUUUCAGGUAUCGCCCAAGACUCAUAUCGACGAGUUUAUCCAUAUCUUGCGUUCAGACUCGCGUACUGCUCAAUGGUCACAUGAUGAUUUUGUUACAGUUUUCGAUAAGAUUCACGAGAAAUCAAUCAAACGAAGCGAGGAAGACCGGCAUCAAGCGGAUCGUCAGCAGCGCCGACGUGUCGAUGCCCUACGCUCGGCUAUCAAGCAUUUAGACCCCCCUGUUUCUGUGGGCGACACCUGGGAGAAAGUCCGUCCUCGUUUAGUCAAAUUAGAAGAAUUCAAGGCAUUGGACUCCGAAGACAUGCGUCAGUCCGCCCUUGACAAGUUUAUCCGCCGUUUGAGAGAGAAGCUGGAUGACGAUCGUGAACCAGAUCGCAAAGAACGUAAAGGUAGCCGUGGAGCCGAGCGCACUGACAAAGGAGAUCGUGAGCGUGAAAGGGCUCGCACGCCUCGUGAGCAUGACAGCAGGGACCGUCAUCGUGGUGAUCGGGACCGUGAGCGUGAAAAGGACCGGGAUCGAGAACGAAACGGGCAUCGUGCCAGUCACAGAACCCCGCACCGUACUCCAGAGCCGGAUGCAUAUGAAGCCGAGCGCCGACGUGCCGCUGGUGAACGUGAAAGGCAACACCUAAAAUCAGGUACUACCUUCCCGGUUGGUCGAAGUGAGCGUGAGAGGGAACGUGAGCGUGAGCGUGAACGUGACAGAGAUCGAGAUCGAGAUCGAUUCGAAAGAGACCGCGAACGCGAUGCAUAUUGGGAUAGAGAGCGUGAAGAGAGGGAACGCGAAAGAGAGGCCCGUCAUUCUGUGAGUAUCUAUGAAAGGGAAAGGCGUGAGCGAGAAGAAGAACGUGAGAGAUCCUUCAGGACUCGAGACCGUGACGACGGGAAUGGCAUUACGAGACGUCGUCGCUUGAGCCCUGGCGAGGAAAGUGAUGUUGGCAGAAGGGAAGCCAAGCGAUCGAGGCACGAACGCGGAUCUUUUGAGCGCCUUCCUUUAGACAGACCGCCGACCCGGGAGGAACAUUUCGAUAAGCCGACUCCUAAGGAACUCGGAAAGGCUGUCAACCUUAAUUACGGUGAUGACCCGGCUCCGACCCCGACCCCAGCCCCGACCCGCGCUCCCGCCGCGGCUGGCGACAAUGCUAGCGAAGAAGGAGAGAUCACUGAAUAA